AAAAUAAAAAUAACCCUAAAACCAAGGCGGCCGUCGUCCUCCUCUUGUCUAUCUCCCCUGUUCGCUCCUCCUCCAUCUUCUAAACCUAAAAAACAAACAGCCGACAGAUCUUCUUUCAUUCUACGAUUCAGCAGGGAAGGGAGGGAAGGUAAGGUUCAAUCAGCAGCAGCAGUUGGUGUGCGUGACGUGAGAAUAGUUGUUUAUAGGAAAAUGACACUUGUUCGGGGUGUUCUACGGUCUCUUGCGGCUGGCAAUUCACCUGGGUUUUCAAUUGCCAGGACUUUGGCUACAAAUGCUGCUUCAGCCACCGACUCCUACGCGAAUACAAACUCAACAGAGACUAUGGAGGAGUUUGAAAGAAGCAUUUUUGGUGAACCGGGCAACGACCAGAGUGCAAAGUCUUUUUUUCAGAAGUUGGAUCAGCCAAAAUGGGCUCGUGAAAGAUACACUAGGAUGAAUAGUUCUGGAAAACCGGGAUACGUCGACGGUCUAGCCGAGAGUUUAACAACUUUGACCGAUGGUAUGGAUGGGAAGUUAAAGGAUGCCGCUACUUAUUUCAAAUACGAUGUUAAUGAAGUUGAGAAAGAGAAUUACAAGUUCAGACCAGAUGUUACGUUUUGGCCUGGUAAUACUUAUGAUGUUAAGGAUCUUGAUCUUACGAAACCAGGUGUUCGUAAGCCAUCUAAAAGAUCCGAGUUUGAAGUAACAACAGAUGAAGUUCUUCAAAAAGCUGAUUUCAGGAAUGUGCGUUUUCUUGCUAACUUUAUAACCGAGGCUGGAGUGAUUAUCAAAAGGAGCAAGACUAAAAUUAGUGCCAAAGCCCAAAGGAAGGUUGCUAGAGAGAUUAAGACAGCUCGAGCCUUUGGACUAAUGCCGUUCACAUCAAUGGGAAGCAAACAUUUUGUUUAUGGCAGAACAAUGGAGGAUCUUGACAAAGAUUACGAGUAUGAAGUUUAUGAACACAACUUUGUUGACGAUGCGUCUUCAACCUUAUAAGUUAUAAUCAUGUAAGUUUUUUUUUUUGUGGUCCAAAUGAAAUAAACCAAAAGAAACAUUGAAGAUUUUCGUGUUCGUGUAGCCAUUAUUGUUGCAGGCGAUCCGUCUUUCAGUUAGAAUUAUUCUUUUUUCUCGUUAACGAUGUCUUAGUGUCGUAUUUAUGUAUUAUGCGAACACCAGGUUGUUGAAUGCGGUUUUUUGUUUUGUCGUCGACCA